GACCUUACUUGCCAUACAGUCCCUCCGCCCAUGCUUGUAUAUAUUCCCUUCCACACAAGAGGAGACUCACAUGAGUAGAAGGAUUAUGGCACAACAAAACUAGAAGUACUCGUACCCUCAUUACCACUGAUUCAAUUCAGUUCUAAUUCAAAAGAGAAAAUGGUUAGCGAGGCAACAAAAGAGUUAGAAAUGACAUGUUCAGUGGGAGUAGUUGCUUCACAAAAAACCACAAGGGGAAGCGCAUGAGAAUGUAUCUUCCCACUUCUCCCUCCAUGUACUUUACAUGAUGGGGACUUGAACUAAGCAAAACAUUCUCCAGCUACUGCAAUGGCGGAUCUUGAUCAUGAGAAAAUUGGACAGCAGCCCGCCACCAAUACUGUCUGCGCCAAGAAGAAGGAGCUCCUUUCCACUGCCAUGAAGAGGACUAGUGAAUGCAGGAUUUUCACCCAGGAAAUUCCCAUUGAUGUCAUCAUUCACGCUGGUGGAACUGCCUUUUCACUACACAAGUUUCCAUUAGUCUCAAAGUGCGGAUACAUAAGAAAAUUGGUGUCACAAUCAACCAAUGAUAAUCUCUGUACGAUUCAACUCCCUGAUGUUCCCGGCGGAGCUGAAGCAUUCGAACUGGCAGCGAAAUUCUGCUAUGGAGUAAAUUUCGAAAUUACCAUAGAAAACAUUGCUAUGCUCCGAUGUGCAGCCGAAUACCUUGAGAUGACAGAGGAAUAUGCAGUUAGAAACCUUGUGGGAAGAACCGAGGCCUAUUUAAACGAUGUGGCACUCAAAAGCAUUGCAGGGGCAGUUUGCAUUUUGCACAGUACACAAAAUCUCAUUCCAAUAGCAGAGGAAGUAAAAUUGGUGAGUCGAUGCAUUGAUACGAUAGCAUAUCUGGCAUGUAACGAUAGCCGUAUUUGCGAACCAAACAAGGGCGAAAGUGGCAUUGAAGGUGUCAAGUGUUGUUCAAUGGAUAACUUGGAAAACAUAGUUGAUUGGUGGGUUGAGGACCUAACUGUUCUCAGAAUUGAUAUGUUUCAGAGGGUUCUGAUUGCAAUGGUGUCAAGAGGGUUCAAGCAAUUUGCAUUGGUUCCAAUUCUUAUGCUCUACGCACAAAAAUCUCUCCAGGGAUUGGAAACUUUUGGAAACCGGAGGAAGAAAAUCGACCCUAGACAAGAACACGAGAAGAGGGUAGUAAUAGAAACAAUAGUCAGUCUCCUGCCAAGGGAAAAAAACUCCAUCUCAGUUAGCUUCCUCUCAAUGCUGCUUAAGUCCGCAAUCCAUCUCCAAACAACGGUUGCUUCCCGUCUUGAUUUAGAGAAGAGAAUCGGGUUGCAACUAGGACAAGCCGUUCUCGAUGAUCUAUUGAUCCCUUCAUUCUCUUUAACUGGGGACACACUGUUGGAUGUGGAUACUGCAAAGAGGAUUGUGACGUAUUAUAUUGAAUUUGAACUAGAGGGGAGCUGGUUGGGAUACGGCCACAUGGGUGGCGAUCUUCUCUCUCCUCCGACGAGUGACAUGGAGAGGGUGAGGAAGCUGGUGGAAAGCUAUCUUGCUGAAAUUGCGUCUGACCGGAACUUAACCGUAUCCAAGUUUAGGAGUGUUGCUGAACUUGUACCGGAACAAGCAAGGGUGAGAGACGAUGGGAUGUAUAGAGCCGUUGAUGUUUACUUGAAGGCUCAUCCUGCAUUGAGUGAAACAGAAAGGAAGAAAGUAUGCAGCCUUAUGGACUGCCGGAAGCUGUCACCCGAGGCCAGCGCCCAUGCCGCCCAAAAUGACCGCCUCCCUGUCCAAACCACGGUCCAGGUGCUUUACAACGAGCAACAAUGGCUCCGCCAUAUCAUUAACGGCAGUUUCACAGGCACCGACGAAUGCCCUGACUUACCCCACAAAUUCAACUUGCACGACGCCACUGAUUUCCACCCUGUCUCUAGUGAGCUCUCCAGUCUGAAAAGGGAGAAUCAGGAACUCAAAAUUGAGCUGGUGAAAAUGAAAAUGAGAUUGCAAGGAGUUGAGAAACCAGGUGAUGAAUCUGCUUUGGGUAGUCCCUCGGAGAGCAGCAUGGCAUCUGCUGAUAAGCCUCGUUUGGCUCGUAAAUCAUUCAUAAGCUCGGUGUCUAGAAAACUUGGGCGAUUGUAUCCUUUUCUGCUUGGUGGGGAUGGAGCCAGUACUCCUAGUAAAGAUCGGAUAACACAAGGAAGAGAUCGACGCCAUUCCAUAUCUUAAUAAAAUGCUGAUCGAAUUCAAAUAAUGUACUGAUUGAAUCUCCUGUCCCUUUUAGUGGCACUCAGUAUUUUAGCUCUUAUUUACUGAGACUCGCGUACUUAAAACUGGUGUACAUAGAGAGUCAGAGACUCAUGUAUUUCUAUAUUUUCCAACGUUAUCAUUUCAAUGAAAGUGCAUUGAGACAAGA